CAUAUACUUCACACAAAAGAAACAACCAUUCACUUCAUAUACCUUUGUCCUCUCUUUUCUCUCUCUCUCUCAAAUCUCUUCAACCACUCUCUUAAAUUUCAUCAAACUCCAUCACUAAACAUUUACCCAAAAUCUCUCUCCUCUCUCCCUCUCUCCCUCUCUCCCUCUCUCUCUCUCAUCGCAAAUAUUAGGUUUCAAUUGAAAACCCCAUCUUCCAAAAAUCACAAAAGAAAUCAGUUAUAUUCUCUCUUUCUCUCCCAACAAAUUAUAAAAAACCCUUCCAAUCUUUUCCAUCUUCUUCUUCUUCUUCUUCUUCUUCUUCUUCUUCUUCUUCUUCUUCUUCUUCUUCUUAGCUACAAGAAUCCAAAUCUAAAGAAUAUCUCUCCCCCCCAAAAAAAAUCAAAUUUUUAAUCAUCAUCAUCAUCAAGAACAAGAAGCAAGAAAAAAAUGGAACUUUUUCCAGCUCAACCAGAUUUGUCUCUUCAAAUUAGCCCACCAAAUUCAUCAACAAAUUCAAAACCCUCUCCCAAUUCCAAUUGGAGAACACAACCCAUUUCUUCUAUUUCUCCACAACAUCCUUUAGAUUUGAUGUUUUGGAAUAACAACAAUAAUAAUAAAAGUUUUCCUUCUCAUAAUUCUUCUUCUAAUUCUUCUAAUUUUGACCCAUCUCUUUCUAAUUCCUCCAAUUUCCUCCCCCAUCAUUUUCCUCCCGCCGUCAAUGGCGGCGGUGGCGCUGCCCUUUUCCACCGCCAUCUCCACGAUCUUCACCCUCAAGGGCUUGGUUUCUUGAGACCCAUCAGAGGAAUUCCUGUUUAUCAAAACCCUCCUUCUUCAUCCACGUCUUCUUCCUCAUCUUCUUAUCCGAUAUUCGGAGGGAGUGGUGGCGGUGGCGGUGGCGGUGGCAGCGGUGGUAGUCAGUUUAGUUAUAAUUGUCUCCGAUCGAGAUUUUUGGCGAGGUUUCCAGCAAAACGGAGCAUCCGAGCGCCAAGAAUGCGGUGGACCACUACUCUCCAUGCUCGUUUUGUUCAUGCUGUAGAGCUUUUGGGUGGCCAUGAAAGAGCAACACCAAAAUCAGUUCUUGAGCUUAUGGAUGUCAAAGAUCUCACCUUGGCUCAUGUCAAAUCCCAUUUGCAGAUGUAUAGAACUGUGAAGACCACUGACAGAGCUGCUGCUGCAGCUUCUUCUGGGAAUUCAGAUGAUGUUUAUGAUCAAAACGGAUCAUCAGGAGAUACAACAAACGAAGAUGCAACGUAUGAAAAUGAAAAGUCGUCGAGAAUGAGGCUUGAUGCUCCGAUUGGUGAUCCGUUAACACAUGGACGAUUUCGACAAACGGUUGUAGUUGGAGAAGAUCAUCAUCGAUCUCAUAAGGACUUACAUGCUUUGUGGAGUAAUUCUUCAAGCAGAGAAGCUUUGUUCCAAGGCAUACCAAAUGAUUCCUCUGAAAACCAACCCUCUCAGCUUGAUCAGGAAGCCAAAUGCUCAAGUCAUGAAAGAACAUCAGAUGGAAGCUCAUUGACAAAUCUUUCAGCAGGAACAAGCCCAGAAAAACCCAAUUUGGAAUUCACAUUAGGAAUAUCAAUUUAAGAUCAUCUAAAUUUGUAAAAAGAAAAAUUACAAUUUCAUGUGAUGAGUUAGAGAAAUUUGUCUUUCUUGUUUUUUUUUUUUUUUUUUCCUUUCCUCUUUUUUUGGGUCAUGAAUUUUUUUGAGAAAAGAAGAGAAAACCCAUCAAAGUGAAGAGAAAAAAAAAAGAAAAGGAAAAGGAAAAAGACAAAGGGAGACAAGAAAGACAGAAAGCAACCAAAAGAAGAAAAGGGUUGGGAAAAAGCAUGUUUUUUUUUUGCCCAUCAAGUUAAGCUAGGGCUUAGCUAUUAUAUAUAUAUAUAUUUAUAUAUAUAUAUAUCUCUUUUUGUGAGAUCCAAAUCAACAAUGUAUUUUUUAAAAAGGAAAAAAGAAAAAUAUUGUUCCAUGUAAAUACAUGAAAAUCAAGACCUAUGAUUUUGUUUCUUUCUAAGGGGCUAGAAAGAGAAAAGGAAGGGAGAGAGAGAGAGAGAGAGAGAAAAGAGAAAAAAAGAAAGAAAGAGAAACUUUGGUAAUUGUAAUGGAAAUCACUUUGCAUUUAACAAAGAAUUUGUUUUUUUAAUGA